UAUUUCUCUUUCUCUGCGUGUGUCCCCCCCCCCCUUUCCAUCUCACUUCGUCCCUCCGUUUCGUCUUUCUCUUCUAUAUGCAUAUUGUUCUUUUUCUCAAACGAUUCGACAAAUCGUGAGAAAGAUAAGAAGACUGAGAAGAAGGUGUUGAUUUUCUGAAAUGGAGCAGCUUGUUAACUUCAUCAUUCGACCUCCAAGAGCUGAAUACAAACCGGAACAUGAUCUCUUGGAACAGGAGUUCUUGCUCAAAGGGAGAUGGUACCAGCGGAAAGAUUUAGAGGUCAAAAACAUCAGGGGAGAUGUCCUUAAGUGUAGUCAUUACAUGCCACUUGAGCAGCGUCCCGAAGAUAGGCCUCUACCUUGUGUUAUAUACUGCCAUGGAAACAGUGGAUGUAGAGCUGAUGCCAGUGAAGCUGCUAUCGUUUUACUUCCUUCAAACAUCACUAUUUUCACACUUGACUUCUCGGGAUCUGGUCUCUCUGGCGGGGAGUAUGUCACAUUGGGAUGGAACGAAAAAGAUGAUCUGAAAGCGGUGGUUGAGUAUUUGCGCACAGAUGGAAAUGUGUCCCUGAUUGGCUUAUGGGGUCGUUCAAUGGGUGCUGUCACAAGCUUGAUGUAUGGAGCUGAGGAUCCCUCUAUCGCAGCGAUGGUUCUAGACAGUCCAUUCUCUGAUUUGGUCGAUUUGAUGAUGGAACUUGUAGAUACAUAUAAGUUCCCAUUACCCAAGUUUACUAUUAAAUUUGCAAUACAAUAUAUGCGGAGAGCUGUUCAGAAGAAAGCCCAGUUUGACAUAACGGAUCUCAACACCAUUAAGGUAGCGAAGUCAUGUUUUGUUCCAGUUUUAUUUGGACAUGCCAUAGACGAUGACUUUAUCCGCCCUCAUCACUCAGAGCGUAUAUAUGAAACAUACAUUGGAGACAAAAACAUGAUCAAAUUCGAGGGAGACCACAAUUCACCGCGGCCACAGUUCUACUUUGACUCAAUAAACAUCUUUUUCCAUAACGUUCUUCAACCUCCAGAGGUGGUUGGAACCAGAUUGUUUGACCCGGUGCAUGAGUAUUUUGUCAAGGGCAGGUGGAGUACCAUGCAAGAGCUAAGUUCUCAACCAUCCUCCGCUCAGAAAACUGCAGGCAGUACCUCUGAUGCAAUCAAUGAAGUCCGCAUGAAAAGACCUAUGAGUCGCACAGAGGUUCCUUCGACCGCCCCAUCUAAUCAUUCAUCUUCAGAAACCAAGGAAAAAGAGAAUUACGAAGUCUCCAGUAGUUCAUCUUCUGAUAUGAUCAGCUUUGAUUUGUCUAAUGGGGAUCCGUAUCCUCCUCAUCUAUCUGUAGCUUUAGAUGAUGAUCAAUAUGUGGAGUUUCAAGUAGACGAGUUGGCAGAUUUUCCAUCUAAUGCAGAUGAAGAAGAGAGGAUGCUGAUGGAAGCCGUGAUGAAAUCGCUCAAGGACGUGGAGGUCGAAACUCAUCAGAAUAAAGAACCUUCCAAGACCGAUACAGAACCAGAAUCAGCACAUCCUGAGACAUAUUCUGCUUCCGGUCCAACACUACCAUCUUCUGAAGACAAUCCUACAUGCAAAACAUCAGAUUCUCUUCCAGGACCUGUAAAUGGUUUUGUUCCUUAUGCUUCACCCAAAAUGAGUCAGGACACAGGUGACGCUAUUGACUUGUCAGCACGAACAAAGGCAACAGUGACUGUGGUUGGACGUAGUAGCACAUCAGGAAACCUCUUAGACGGGUUAUUACGCCGAUGGGAUCUUAAUUUCUUCAAAAGUAGAUAAUAUCAUUAAGAUGUGUUUUUGUUUGGGUAAAUUAGAAAGCAAAGCUUAACUGUUUAAAGGUUUUGUUUUUUUAGCAAAAAAAAAACAAAAAAGGUUUGUAACGUCAAGUUAUCUUCUGAUUGUGAUUUUUUAUGAAUUUAUUCCAUCUUACGGUUCUUGUCAAGAGAAAAGCAUCGCUUGUUUUGUUGUUA